AACAGAGAUGAGGGAGCGGGUCACGGUGGACCGCCCUCCACCACCCUAUCAACCCCCACCGACCUGUUACUGUAUCACUAUCACCACUGGCGGUGAAUCUGCUUUACUUCCAGCUGUUCUGUGUUUCCUGACCUUCGGCCUCCUCGUCUGGUUACUACUUCAAAUACGUGUGGACAACGAGCGUCGGAGACAAAUACAGAGUGAUGGGCCUGCAGUGAAUAAUAUAGGCCUACAUUAUUAUAUUUUUCGUCAGUACGAGAACCAAGAUGGCCAUUCGUCCAGUUCCUAUUUGGACCACGGCCAAGGGAUGGGAAAGAGGGGCGUGCUGAGCAUUGAAGCCAACCAGCAGGGGUUUUGCCGUUGCGAUUUGUACUCCUCGCGGCCUGAGGAUACAGAUGGACCCUCUGGUUCCAUCAGCCCCAACAGCUCUCUGGAAAGACAGUCAGUCAGAGGGUCUCCCAAGCCGGUGGUGGUGGAAUCAUGCAAGCCAUUUGAGAUGCCCGCGUUCCAGCAUGUGGAGGAGCUGAGGCAGACACAUGUGGCGGAGCAGGCUGAACAGCAUGUGGCUAAGUCAGCAGCUCCAUUGAAGAAAAACAAGAAGAGAUGGAAGGAUCCUGAAGUCUCAACGUCAGAUGACACUGAACAGGCCGAGCGGCAUUUGAAUGAGUCGGCCCUUAUCAAGAAAAAAAAGAAGGGAUCGAAGCAUCCCAAAGCCUCCCCAACGCAAGAUCUGACUGAGCAAGUAGCCGAGCAGUAUGUGACUGAGUUAGCUUACUCACAUUAUUUGAGCGAGACAGCUACUCUGACUACUGAGCCGACUGAGCAGUAUGUGAGUGAGCCAUCUUACUCAUAUGCUGCUAAGGAGAGAUCGAAGGAUCCCGAGGGCCCAACGGCAGUUGUGACCCAGCAGGCAGAGCGGUAUUUGCGUGAGUCAAUUCCUCUGGAGACUGAGCAGGUCGAGCAGUAUGUGACUGAGCCAGUUUACUCACAACUUGGGAGUGAACCAGCUCACUCACAUACUCCUCUGAAAAAGAAAAAGAAGCGACCCCAAAAGGAUCCCGAACACCUAAACCCAGACAUGGCAAAGCAGCAGGCCGAGCAGCAUGUGAAUGGCUCAGUUCCUCUUGAGAGUCAAAAGAAGAAAUCAAAGGAUCCUGAAUCCCCAACGCCAGAUGGGAGCGAGCCGUCUGAGAUUGAGUCGGCUCCUCUCAAGAAUAAAAAGAAGAGAUCGAAGGAUUGUAAAGCCCAAACACCAGAUGAGACUGAGGAGCCGGAGCAGUAUGUGCCUGAGUCAUCUCCUCUCAAGAGAAGAAAGAAGAGAGCAAAGGAUCCCAAAGCCCCAGCGUCAGACGUGACUGAGCUGGAGAAUCGAAAGGAGAGAUCGAAGGAUCUGAAAGCCUCAACACCGGACAUGACUGAACAGGCUGAGCAGCAUGUGAAUGUGUCAGCUCACGCCAAGGACCCUAAAGGCCAAAAGCAGCGCUUUGGGUUUCUUCGCCGUCUAUGGUGACUUUAAGACAGCAUGCUUGCCAGGCUCACCACCCAAACAAGGGUGAGGCUUCAUGUUUAGGAUUAGGUUUAGGAUUAGUUGCAUUUUAGGGUUUGGUUUAGGGUUGGGGCUAGGAUUAGGGCCUUCAAGGCACCGCUGCCUAGAAGGAGCCACUGGGGGCAAAGUCACAACCAACAAAACCCAGUGAAAGAGUUGACGAGUAACAUCACGCUUCAGUAUAAUGUACAGUACACCCAUCUCACUGUGUAAAACCCAACUAAACAACAUAUCUGCA